CAGUACCUUUCUAACAUCACUCGAAUACGGAUCAAACAUAACUAGAAAAUAAAUCUUUUAGACAAUUUCUAAUUUCCAGUUUUACUACAAAUCUUUUUCAAAAUGUCGAAAAUUUAUCUGAAGGCCAUGGAGGAUGUGGUGCAGCGAAACACGGACAACACAAACCGGAUUACGGAGCAGGCGCAGGGAUUCGUGGUGUCGGAAAAUGCCGGGGACAGUCUGCUGCACACUUCAUUCGAUUUGACCACGGCCCAGUCGAUUGUGAAGCACCUGCACGCCAGUUUCCUGAAAUUGGCCCAGAGCUGCGUCCGUGAUCUGGAUACCGAUGAUAAGCUGUGCUUUCUGCGCGUGAAAACCCGCAAGCACGAAUUCCUGGUUAGUCCAGAGGAAGCCUUCACUGUGACCGUGGUAUUGUAAUCCCCCAGCCCAUCUAGGGGUUAACAGUUUGGACAUUGUUGCUUGCUGGUGGACAAGGGAGAGAAACACCAAUACACACCCACUAUCGCUACAGCUGUCUCACUCGCUCAUUGUUGAUGCUUUCGUUGAAGAUCGUCGUACAUGUUUAACCAACCCCCCACCCCCCACCCAUCCAAAAAAGAAAAAAGAAAUCUAGUCAUAAAAUUAUAAAACGAACAUUUAUGCGUGUGACCGGACAAACUAAAUUAUGUUUAUUAUGUAAUUAAGAUGUUGGCACAGAUGCCGAUGUCAGCCAUUAAAACAAACGCAGAGCGGGCAAAAAUCCGCAAAAAGC